AUGGAGCGGCCCGAGCGGCCCCGCGCCAACGGCUGCGGCGCCCACGGCGCGCUCCGCAACGGCUUCGUGCGCGGCCCGCCCGGCACCCAGAUAAAUCAUAUUGUGCACAAUGGAGGAUUAUACAAAAGGCCUUUCAAUGAAGCUUUUGAAGAAACACCAAUGCUGGUUGCUGUGCUGACCUAUGUAGGCUAUGGCGUUCUCACUCUCUUUGGAUACCUGCGAGAUUUCAUGCGGCAGUGGAAGAUUGAGAAGUGUCAAAAUGCAACAGAAAGAGAAGAACAGAAGGACUUUGUCCCAUUAUACCAGGACUUUGAAAAUUUCUACAACAGAAACCUCUACAUGCGCAUUCGGGACAGCUGGAACCGUCCAAUCUGCAGUGUGCCAGGGGCCAAAGUGGACAUGAUGGAGAGAGUUUCCCAUGACUAUAACUGGACAUUCACAUACACAGGGAGAGUGAUAAAAGACAUCAUAAAUAUGGGUUCCUACAACUACCUUGGGUUUGCACAGAAGACUGGGGCUUGCCAAGAAGCAGCUUCUAAAGUUCUGUCCCAGUAUGGAGCUGGGGUGUGCAGCACCCGGCAGGAGAUGGGAAACUUGGACAAGCAUGAGGAGCUGGAAAAGCUAGUUGCCAGGUUCCUAGGUGUGGAAUCUGCAAUGGCAUAUGGAAUGGGAUUUGCAACCAACUCUAUGAACAUUCCUGCUUUAGUUGGCAAGGGCUGUCUGAUUCUGAGUGAUGAACUGAAUCAUGCAUCACUAGUGCUUGGAGCAAGACUGUCAGGAGCAACUAUUCGAAUCUUUAAGCACAACAAUAUGCAAAGCCUGGAGAAGCUGCUCAAAGAUGCUAUUGUGCAUGGGCAACCUCGUACACGGAGGCCCUGGAAAAAAAUUCUUAUCUUGGUGGAAGGAAUAUACAGUAUGGAGGGAUCCAUAGUCCGUUUGCCUGAAGUGAUUGCCCUUAAGAAGAAGUACAAAUCCUAUCUGUACCUUGAUGAAGCUCAUAGUAUAGGUGCCCUGGGUCCCAGUGGCCGGGGUGUAGUGGAUUAUUUUGGACUCAAUCCUGAAGAUGUGGAUGUUAUGAUGGGAACAUUCACGAAAAGCUUUGGAGCUGCAGGAGGAUACAUUGGGGGCAAGAAGGAACUGAUUGAUUACCUCAGGACAUACUCUCACAGUGCUGCGUAUGCAACAUCAAUGUCGCCUCCUGUUGUGGAGCAAAUCAUCACCUCCGUGAAGUGCAUUAUGGGUGAAGAUGGUACAACUAUUGGGAGAGCACGUGUGCAGCAGCUAGCAGAGAACACGAGAUAUUUCAGGAGACGACUGAAAGAGAUGGGCUUUAUCAUCUAUGGAAAUGAAGAUUCCCCUGUUGUGCCUCUGAUGCUGUACAUGCCAGCAAAAAUUGGCGCGUUUGGCCGUGAGAUGCUGAAGCGGAACAUCGGUGUUGUGGUUGUGGGCUUCCCUGCCACCCCCAUCAUCGAGUCCAGAGCCAGGUUCUGUUUGUCUGCAGCUCAUACCAAAGAGAUGCUUGAUACAGCUUUAAAAGAAAUCAAUGAAGUUGGGGACCUUUUGCAACUGAAAUAUUCCCGUCGCCGUUUGGUACCGCUCUUGGACCGGCCGUUUGAUGAGACCACAUAUGAAGAAACAGAAGACUGAGCUCCCUCCAUGUGCCUCAGAGGGAGGGACACACCCCAGGGGACACUCCGUGGCACACAGGCCACAGCAUCCGUGAACAACACACUUAUGACUGUUUAGUAUAAGAGACAUUUCCUCACAAUACUGAAGUGGCCACAUCAGCUCUAAAUGGCAUUUUGUAAAUAGGGAGAGGAGAAAAAAAUUCUUUGAUUUCUGUGUCUUCAGGGUCUGGCCCUAGAGGUGCUUGGCUUUAUUUUUUUCUUGUUGCUUUUUUUUUUAUUUAUUUGUCUCAAUGAGUUCACAGCAACCUAAGUUGGCUGUGGCUGAUCAGUUCAGAUUUUGUAUGCACCAUUAGCCUCCCAAAUGCUGGCUGAGAUGUUGUGAGCAUGUGUGACGCUGGCAUGGCAGCAUUUUCAGUGUCACUGCUAGGUGUCUGAUCUUCCCAAUUAGGAAUGAGCUGACCUGUCUGUUUCUGGAGACUUCCUAGAGAAACUGUUGAUUGCUAACUUUGACAUAUUUAACAAGAUGGAUAAUCAACCAAAGUUGUUUUUUUUUUUUUUCAUUUGCAGUUACUUAUGUUUAAAACUUGAAUUUAGCCUUUUUAAAAUAAAUGUGUUGUUGACAUGUCGCUGACAGGACCAUUGUUCCCAAACAUUAUUUAGUUUUGUAAGCCAUGGGCAGAAGGACUUCUGGAACUGUAGCCUCUUUUCCUUCCCAGAAUGGAUACCAGAUUGUCUCCUGGUUUUGACACUAAUUGUCCUUUUGAUAGAGGGUAAGUGAUGGAGAGGGGUUUGUUUUUAAUACUUCUGUUAAAAAAAAAAAAAAGAAAAAAUAUGGGUUGUAUAUGUGUUGCUUUCUCAUCUUCAGGUUAGUUUCUCUUGCUUUGGAAUUAUCAUAAAGUCAUGAAGUCACUAAGUCCUAGAAGGGAGCCUUUGGGUUUAAACAAACUAGAGCAAGUCUCAUGGUUAGUCUUAAGACGAAGCCUCCUCAAUAAGCAGGCCUAUACAAGGAGUGAUGAUUAGGAGAACCAUCUAUUUCAUGCAAAUUGUGAAAGACUGCUGCCCUUUGCUAUGCUAGCUCUCUGUUUCGUGUCAUCUGUGAGGUGUUCUUCACUGGCCCUGUUAGGCAUAUGGAUAGCUUGAAUCUUGCAGUCAUACAUUACAUUUUGGCUGGCCAGCAUGUCCCCAUUGGCAGCUGCUGCAUAUCUGUAGGUCUUCCCUGAAGAGAGAGAAUGUCCUCACCAUUGCAUUUAGUUUGAUAUCUUUAUUCUUUUGUACUUCUGUUACUUUCUGAUCAACACUGCUCAAAUGAGUGUUCUCUGAGCCAGUUGCUGUUUGGAGUCUUUAUUUGCAAGUUUCAUACUGUCCCUCUGUUUCAAAUAGAUGCCUUUGCUCUAACACACCUUAGAACUGGUCUGCUACUUAGUCUUUACAUCUUGAAUUCUUUCAGUGAACAGAAUGGAUCAACAAAAAGGUACCAAAAGUUUUAAAUUAGUCAAUUGCAGUAUAGUUUGUUUCUGUAUUUUAUAUUUAGACAUACAUGAUUUCUGCAAAUAUAGUAAAAUGUUAACAUUGUGUCAGUUGGGUUGGGCCAGCUCUUCAGUUUGGGUUGGCAAAAUACUUUUUGCAGGUUACUAGGGUUUUAGAAACAAACUGAUCAUCAUAAUACUAAAGCAGAGAGCAACUCAAAGCUCUUUGUGUGGUGCUGAAAAAAAAAUUCUUUUAAAGUUCUUUAAUGUUCACUCUGCAACUAACAGGGAGGGAGUGUUUUGGCCACUAGAACCAAGCAGUUCUGCAAAUACAUGUGGUGAGUUAAAGGAGA